UUGAAUUGAUAAAGCUACCCGUGUCAGAGAAUGCAUUACAACACGUAAAGAAAUUCUACUAUGCAGAAAAGGCGAUUCAGAGUGAAUUCAUCAGACAGAUUGAAAAGUGUUGUACAAGUAUAGACGAAAUCACCACCAUUCAGACGAGCAGCACGUCUACAGCGUUUCGUCAAUUGGCAGCGUUCAUCUCGAGACAAAAGCAAUUGCGAAAGAUUGAGAUUAGGUCAACACAUGCAUUGACUAACCUCUCUCCGCUCACAAGAUAUCUACAUCAACAUCGAUGCUCACUUACCGAAUUGGUUUUAUCUGUUGGAAGACUGGAUGAGGACGCCUUGGAAUCCAUACGAGAGUGCCAUAAUUUGGAGAGACUGACUCUACACAGGAUACCAUUGCGAAGCAAGCAUCUGCGUCCGGUAGCCAAUGCUGUAUUUCACAGUCUUCGAUAUCUCUACGUUGGAGACAUUGACGAGACCUGGAACGUUAAAUCGCGCGACCGACCCAACAACGAAUUAAUCACUAUAAUCAAAUUAGCAAAGGAUACGCUUGAUGAGAUACAUCUCAAUGUCAAUUUGAAAUACUAUAAUGGGCUAGUAAAGACGAUAGCUGGGCACUGCCACAAACUAAAGACAUUCGAAACGUGCAUACAAUCUACUGAUCAGAUACAAGAGUUGUUUUUAUUGCUAAAGAUAUCGCAAUCAUUGCAGACGUUAUCUCUAUCCCGUAGAUGGAACAAUGUGCUGUUUCAAUCGUACAGAUGUAUUCUUGGAAUAGUCAACUAUAUUCCAAAAACACUGCGUCGAUUGGAUCUGAAGGGAAUGGAAUUGGGUGUGAGUGAUGUGAAAAUGAUACUCGACAGGUGUCCGCAUUUAAUGUACAUGAGUUGGAAAUGCGAAAAUUUUGAGCGAGAGUAUGAGAAUGUAGUUAGAAAGUGUGCCGAAAAAAACGCGAGAAGAGUAAGAAAGUUUGGUUCCAAAAAGUUGAACGAGAGAGUGAGAUGGAUGAUGGAAGUAGAAUUCGAAGAGUAG